GGUGGCGAUCUCUCGAUCGAACUUGAACGUGCCAAGUCAAACACAAAUGCUUCAUUACAUCGAAUGGAGGAAUCGAUCAAACAACAUUUGAUGGAGUUGGAACGUCGGGUUCAACAACAGUUUGGCGAAUUGCAGACACAAUGCAAUCGGAUCUCUAGUGAUUGUGUGGACGAGCGGAAUCGUCUGGAGGAGCGCACAAUCCAAGCAGUAAAUAGUAUGAUUGAUGGAUUUCAACAGCGUAUUACUAAUGUGGAACGGAAGACAGAAGAGGAACAAAUUGACGAAGAAUUAACCGGUCGCGUCGAGGACUUGGAAACCGAGCAGGCAAAUUUCAGACAACAAGUUCUCAAAACUUUCAAAGAAUUGGAGUCUCGCAUCAAUCGGAUGGCCGAUGAACAGUAUGAACAACAACGCAAAUCGAUCGAUGAUAUACGAGACGAAAUGCGUCAGGGACUACAAACCAUGCAUGACACGAUGACCAAUAUGAAGUCGGUGCUGGAGAACAAAAUCCGCAUGUCCGAAGAGAAUUUACAAAUCGAAUUGGCCCAGCUGCGCAAAUUGGUUGUCCUUGUUUAA